CUACCUCCUUUCAGAAACGAGAACGUGUUGUGACUUUGAAUUUCUUUCAACCGUCCUUCGUUCGAAAGUAGUAGUAAAUCCCCAGACUCAUCCUCGGAUCCUCCCUUGCGGCUUUCUCCUUCCCGCUUCCUGUCCCUUCAUCCUUCCUCUGUUCUCCGGUCACCCUCACCAACCGCCGUAUCCAGUACGGGCGGAGAAAGGGACCGAUUCGAUUUCGGAGCUCCGUACAUCUUCGCUCUUCGUUAACUUGUAUCGUCUCCAGGGCUGCCUCUUCCUCAGAUAGUUCGGCAUUCUUCCCGGGGAAUCGGCUUUGUUCGCGUGUCUGCUUCAAGGUAUGCUAGAUUUCCUAGCUCCUCCGAGCUUAUUCUUCAAUUUCGAUAUCUUCGAGGUCAUUUCGCGCGAAAAGUGCAGAACUUUUCUUAUUAGCUUUAGGUGUAUGUCUGCAGUUUCUUGCUUUAGCGAAGUAAAACCUAGAAAUUUAGCUCUCCUAUCUUUUGGUGUCGUCUUCUUCUUAUUAUUAUUAUUACUGUUGACUGGCUGAGUAUAAACUGGCAAUUGGGUUCGCCUGUUCAUUCUUCUCUCUUGUUUCUUUUGGUUUUGGGGUAUGCGUAUGGUGGAAAUUGCUUCAGCUCUAGUUGGUGGAUUGUGUGAACUGCUUUUGUAGCAUCUGCAAGGGCAUAUAAUUAGGGUUGUCAAUUGGGAACCUAGUUCAUGUUUUGCUAGAGAAGUUGUCUAGUGUGAUGAGCUAGCGUAACUUGUAUUUAAGGACGCUGCUAACUGUCUGGGUCGCUUCUCCAUUUCGAGAAGCUGUGGUUUAUGGUAGUUACGAUGUUUUGCAAGUAUCUCAAGUCGAGAUGCUUUGCAUCGAGUAAGCCUCAUUCGUACUUAUGUUGCCAUAGGUGUAUCUCGGAUGAUGUAGAAUGCCAUCGAUUAGGUUGCUUCUGUUCGUUCCCCUUUAGCAUGGGAAAAAUAGUGUGCUUUUGUGAUGUGGAUUUUUUUAGUGCAUAGUCGAUUGGUUUGUGUUUUCUCUGUUCUAUUGUGUUGAGUAAGUGGAAUGGUUAAUGCUACUCUUUGUUAUGCAGAAAGCAAAGAUGCCAAAGGUGAAGACGAACCGAGUCAAGUACCCAGAGGGUUGGGAAUUGAUCGAGCCAACUCUUCGCGAACUGCAGGCGAAGAUGAGAGAAGCUGAGAAUGAGUCCCAUGAUGGCAAGAGGAAAUGUGAGGCGCUGUGGCCUAUUUUCAAAAUAGCGCAUCAAAAGAGCCGAUACAUUUUCGACCUUUACCAUCGUAGGAAGGAAAUAUCCAAGGAAUUGUUUGAGUUCUGUAUGGACCAGGGCUAUGCAGACCGUAAUCUCAUUGCAAAAUGGAAGAAGCCUGGUUAUGAGCGCUUAUGCUGCUUGAGAUGCAUGCAACCAAGGGAUCACAAUUUCGCCACUACAUGCGUUUGUCGAGUGCCCAAGAACCUGCGGGAGGAAGAGGUCAUAGAAUGCGUCCAUUGCGGCUGCAGGGGAUGUGCAAGUGGAGAUUGAUGAAGACACUUGAAGCUCUGGCUGGGGACCGGAAAUUGUUAGCUCGUCUGGCAAAUGCUGAUUGUUGUAAACUAACGGAGUUCCCACCCUGAAUUACGUAACUGGCUUCUAUAGUGUAUGAGAUCAAACAGAGUACCAGGCGUCAGAGUCUAGAAACUGUUGUACUCUCUCUUCUUACCCUCGUCGUUUCUUUUUUUCGAAGACAAGUCGCCAUGGAAUCGACAGAGAUUCGAAUUCCAGAACUGGUAAUCAAAUCACCCUCUUUCCUUUAGUAAGGCGCAUUUUAUGGAUUUGGAAACCAGAGUACGAGUUAUAUGCAGGCCAAUAGCAGCAUCAACAUGGAAUCCUGUAAAACCAGUUCAUGUUCCGGCAGCUGAUUUCCUUUCAUGUCCGAUUUUGAGUUGAGCUUCAGGCCUCCAGGAAGAUUGGGCUAUCUGCUCGUGUAUUGGAGAAAAUGUUGGGCUGGGAUCGGAAAGGAUAACAGCCUAGUCAUCUUUCUAUUUGUAAAGGUUGAACUUAGAUGUAUGUUCCUUUCAAUUUAUGGGCGAUCUUAGUUGAAUUUUUACCACCGCCCACUCAAAAACUCAAAACAUAUGGUGAAGACUUGGCCGAAAAAGGUCACUAACUUUUGGUCCACAUGCAUGCCAAUCGUAGAAAUUUUUGCCUUCACAACUUCACUAAAGCCAUCACCGUCUAUCCGUCUCGGUGUAUCAACUCAUUCAAAUCGGAGUACACUCUUAUAUACAACGGAGUACACUCUUAUAUACAACAACCUAAUAUUGUGUAAGAGGACAAGCUGGUUGCAGUAAACUUUGAUUCUCUAUAAGGCCUAUUCUACCAUUCAUUCUGUGCAGUCGGUCGACACGUACCAAUCUCGAACAGUCUAAACGAAAAGAAACCAAAAAAUAACGCUAUAUGGACAGAGUAGUUAUUACGCUUGUUAUUCGUCAAACUUCGUAGCAUCUAUUGGCCAAUGCCCAUCUUCGUAGUACCCCAUCCUUGUUCGUAAAGUCGCCAUGGAUCAAUUAUUCAAGUCCCAUGCGUCUCUUCAAUCCUUAUCUCAUGUCAUUUGGUAAAAGAAAAAAAAGGAGUACUAGCUACUUGAAGUUUCUGCUUCUUCAUUAAACUCAUUGCAGUGCAGUUGGGGGGAAAAGAAGAGGUAUUAAUUAUUUGCUGUUGUUUCUGUUUCGGUCACACAUUUUUUGUUUUCAUGUCGACAGUUUCUCUUCUUUGAGAGAAACGAUAUAUAAUGGUGGAACUAUAAAAAAGGGGAAAACCAGAUUCUAGGAAAACUGGUUUGAUCACAUAUUUCAUCCCCAUUCCCCAACAUGUAUCUUGACUGUUCCUAGGUUAAUGCAUGAGACAAUGUGAUAGAUUCUUUUGGUUUUAUACCUUGAAAUAAAAAGACAUUGGAUUUUUUUUUUCUCUCUCAAUUUUUCGCCCAUUCUUAUCGUACGAUGGAAUUGACAUUGAAAUCAGAAUCUCGAAAUUAAGAAUUGGACGUCACAACCACUCUAUCAAAUGUGAUGAAUCUUGAAAUCAGAAUCUCGAAAUUACGCUACUAAAAGGGAUCCGCAGAGACAUAAAAAUAAAAAGGAUUGAUCUUACAGAACACUAGUUUUGAACGAUGAAGUCCCGGUUCAAAUCAUAGGGUGGACUUUCCAUUCCCCUUCAUGCCACAUUCAAUAUCCUUUUUCAAAAUGAAUUUUUAAACCGGAU